UGAGCACACAGCGAGAAGGCAGCCACCUACAAGCCAAGAGAAGAGGCUUCACAAUGCAACCUACCUUGUCAGCACCUUGAUCUUGGACUUCCCAGCCUCCAAAACUGUAAGAAAGUUGAUUUCUUCUAUUCAAGCCAUCCAGUCUACGGUAUUUUGUUGUAGCAGCCCAAACAGACUACAGACUAAUACAGUUCCCAAAAUGGCUGACUAGUUGUCCUAAUGACCCAUCGAAUAAUCUUUCAUUACUCCACUAAUUUGAAAUGCCACUUUUAUAAUAUACUAAAUUUAAUUAAAUUAUCAAGCCUGUUUCUGGGCUUCCAAUUUCAUUUCACUAAUUUAUGAGUGUAUUUUGGCAUUAGUUUUUUCUUAUUUCGAUUAUUUGCCUCUCUAAUACAAGAUUUUAUCUUGUAUUAUAUUUGUAGGGCAAUUUAUACCACUUACAUUGGUUAGGGAAGUCUGACUUCAUCAUGGUUCGAAAAUUUUAUUGGCCAUUCUGGAAUACUGACCAUUCUAGGUAAAUUUUAGAAUCACUUAAUUUAGUAAAAAGAAAAGUUGAGAUUUUCAUUAAGGAGCAUUAAAACAGAGGAAAAGUGACAUAUUUAGAAUGUUCCAUUCCAAUCCAUGGAUAUGGCAUAUGUCACUAUUCUCUCCAUUUAAAUCAGUAACUUUUGUAGUUUUAUUUAUGAUGUCCCGCAUAAUUCUUCUUGUUUAUUCUUAGGUAUAUUUUUCCAAUAUUUUAUUAUGAAAAUACUCAAACAUACAGAAAAGUUGAAAGAAUUUACAGUGAGCAUCCAUGCACCACUACCAGACUCUACCAUUCACAUCUUACUAUAGUUUAUGCUGUGUUUUUGUUGAGCAGCAGAUAGGAGUGUAGACUGCCUGGAUUCACCACUUGCAAGCUGUAUGAGGCAACUUCUCCAAACCUCAGUUUUCUUAUCUGCAAAGUGGGAAUAAAUAAUGGUACUUACCUCAAGGGAUUGUUAUGAGGACUAAAUCGGUUAAAAUCUGUAAUGUACUGAGAACAAAGCUUCAUACUAUGUAAAUACUAUAUGCUAAUGCAUUAGUCUGCGUGGGCAGCUAUAACAAUCACAGACUGGGUGGCUUAAACAACGGGAUUUAUUUUUGCACAGUUCUGAAGGCUAGAAGUCCCAGACCAAGGUCUGGCAGGGUCAGUUUCUGGUGAGGGCUCUCUUCCUGCUUGUAGAUGGUGUCUUCUUGCUUGCUAAACCCUCACAUCACCUUUCCUCCGUGCCUGCACUUUGAGAGAGAGAGUAAGCCCUUUCCUGUCUCUUCUUAGAAAGACACUAACCCUAAGGGAUCAGGGCCCCACCCUUAUGACCUCAUUUAAUCUUAAUUACUUCUUUACUUCAAAUACAGCUGCACUAGAGGUUAGGGCUUCACCAUAGGAAAUUUUUUGGGGGUGGGAGAGGGGGAAACACAAACAUUUAGUAACAGCCAGCAAGUACAUAAUUUUAUUCUAUUUUGUAAAUUGUUAUUUUUGUAAGCUAUUGAUGUAGAAGUAUACUUGGGAAUGAUGUACUCCUAUUUUAUCGAGGAGACAAAACCCAGCAAUGAAACAGCAUUACAUUAUAGUCAUUUUUUGCAGAAAAUACAUAAAAUACAUGAAAAACCAUAAACCGUGGGUGUGUGUAGGUAGUCUGUACACCAAAUGUUAGCAAUGUUACCUCUGUUUCGUGAGAUUAUAUAUAACAAUUAUUUUGCUAUUGUCUAUUUUCUGGUAAAGCAAUUCACCUAAGAACUUACUGAAUACUAGAACAAAAAACUACCUGAUCGUGGUAUUCUUUUAAUGAAACAUUGGAUUCCGUUCCAUUUUUAGUCUUUUCCACGUACAUAUUAAGUGAAAGAGGUAUCGAUUCUUUUAUACCAACGUUGUUUCGACAAAAAAAAUGAUACAGAUGUUUCCCGUUUGUCAAGGCUUUCACGUCUCCCCACAGAAAGAUUCACAAACUAUUCUCCGCAGAGGAGAGCUGGUACCGUUGAGUAGUCUCUAGGGUGGACGAGAACACAGCCCCGUUUCCUUCCGCAGGAGCAGGGCUGCUUCACCCGGCUUCGGGUCCGGGGAUGCUGGCAAGCCGAGAGGGACGGGACCGCCGGGCGAGCAUCCCGCGGGGGAUGCAGCGAGCCGGCAGGCUGCCCCGGAGGACGCUGGGAACCACGCGCGGAGGCUGCUGCCGCGCAGGCGCAGCGGCCGGGGCUGCACUCCGUGGGAGCAUCUCGGUGGCUGCGGGAGGGCGAGGGCGAGGGCGAGGGCGUGGGCGUGCGGUCGGAGCCGGUGAGAGUGGGCAUUGCCAGGAGACUGCAGAGGUGGCUGCUUAGAAUCCAUACCUGCAGCCUUCAGCUACCUGCUGAGAGAUGGAGCUCGAGAUGGGAGGUGUUCCUUGAAAGCCUAGACAUUAAAAGGUCCAGACUCUGGAUUUUGCUACCCUGUGUUCCCCAGGUGCCUGAGAGUGGCGGACACCUGUACAACUGUGAAGCUCCCCGUCAGAGUCUCGGGCAGUUUCCUCAUCAAAAGUGGACAAGCCCAACCUGGACACUCUGCCUUGUGGCCUGAGGCUCGAGAGGCCCCCGGAAAGGAGUGCCGGAGUCAUCAUGCUGCAGCGGCUUCUGAUCACCCUGCCCACCGAGGCCAGCACCUGGGUGAAGUUGCACCAUCCGAAGAAGGCCAAGGAGGCGGUGCCCCUGUGGGAGGGGGUGACUAAGAUGUUUGAAGGAGAAGCUCUGCUGUCUCAGGAUGCUGAUGAGACUCAGGGAGAACGUUUCGAGGAUGACGUGGCCUCUGGGCCCUCAACAGCAGAAUUCCAGGAACUGUUGACCUUCAAGGACAUAUCUGUGGACUUCACCCAGGAGGAGUGGGGGCAGCUGGCCCCUGGUCACCGGACUCUGUACCGGGAGGUGAUGCUGGAGAACUAUGGGAACCUGGUCUCAGUGGGAUAUCAGCUUUCCAAACCUGGUGUGAUUUCCCAGCUGGAGAAAGGAGAAGAACCAUGGCUGAUCGAGAGAGAGAUUUCAGACGGUCCAACUUCAGACUUGGAGAGUAAAACAGAAACCAAAGAGUCACCCUUAAAGAAUGACGUGUCAUGGGAAGAAUUACACCAUGGCCUGAUGAUGGAAAGGUCCACAAGAGGAAGCAUGUUGUAUUCUCCAUUGGGAAGAGUCUCAAAAUGUGAUAAGUUAAAAAGCCACCAGGAAAAUCAAGGAAUGGGUGAAGGGCAGAUCCCCUUGACCCACAAGAACACACCCACUCAGGAGAGAGACCGAGAAUCUAACAGAUUUGAGAGAAGUAUUAAUGUGAGCUCAGAAGUUAUUCCAGGACCAGUAGGUCCUCCAAGAAAAAGAAACCAUGAAUAUGACAUAUCUGGAAAGAGAAGUAGAUACAGUUUAGAUUUAAUUAAUCAUUCAAAGAGUCAUACAAGAAUGAAAACCUUUGAAUGUAAUAUUUGUGAAAAAAUCUUCAAACAGCUCAUUCACCUUACAGAACACAUGAGAAUUCAUACUGGAGAGAAACCGUUCAGAUGUAAAGAAUGUGGAAAAGCCUUUAGCCAAAGUUCAUCCCUUAUUCCACAUCAGAGAAUCCACACUGGCGAGAAACCCUAUGAAUGUAAGGAAUGUGGGAAAACCUUCAGACAUCCGUCAUCUCUUACUCAACAUGUUAGAAUUCAUACUGGGGAGAAGCCCUAUGAAUGUGGUGUAUGUGAGAAAGCAUUCAGCCAGAGCAUUGGGCUGAUCCAGCAUUUGAGAACUCACGUUAGAGAGAAACCUUUUACAUGCAAAAACUGUGGAAAAGCAUUUUUCCAGAUUAGACACCUUAGGCAACAUGAAAUUAUUCACACUGGUGUGAAACCUUAUAUUUGUAAGGUAUGCAGUAAAACCUUCAGCCAUAGCACGUACCUAACUCAACACCAGAGAACUCAUACUGGGGAAAGACCAUAUAAAUGUAAGGAAUGUGGGAAAGCCUUCAGCCAGAGAAUACAUCUUUCUAUCCAUCAGAGAGUCCACACUGGAGUGAAACCUUAUGAAUGCAGUCAUUGUGGGAAAGCCUUUAGGCAUGAUUCAUCCUUUGCUAAACAUCAGAGAAUUCAUACUGGAGAAAAACCUUAUGACUGUAAUGAAUGUGGAAAAGCCUUCAGCUGCAGUUCGUCACUUAUUAGACAUUGCAAAACACAUUUAAGAAAUACUUUUAGCAAUGAUAUGUGAAAUAUGUUCAACAUCAAAGCACCCUCAUAUUGGAGCAAAAGCCUCUAAGUUAAUGGGUUUUUGACUUUUGGAUUUCAAGAACCAAUACGUUUUUUAAAAUGGUUUGACCCAAUGUUAUAACUAUUAGUUUUGCCAUAUUAAAAACCCACCUAUUAUCAGCAUUGUUUAAGAAAAGAAAGGGCAUUUUAAUAUUUAAAAAUGUGGGCAAGAAGGAUAUAAUCAUAAAGAAUGAGCUUUACAUUGAGUUAAGUCAGCUUUAUGAAAAUCUCCCAAAUUAUUUUUCUCAUUUCAGUAUGGGCCAGUGAAAACUUCAUCAAGGCAGAUCGGUGAUCUGUGGACUGGCUUCUGAGAAUCACUGUGUUACAUAUCCGUUUAAUGAAUCAGAAUAAAAUAUAGUAUAACCUUUUACUGGCCUUUGUAUGGCUAGAAAAGGUAUAAAUAAAAAUGUUGGUUGGCUCAUUUCUCAAAGAAAUAAUGUUAAAUGAAGCUUUCUAGAAUUGAUAGAUAACCUACUAUACAUGAGAUACUUAUGUAUGUUUUAUGAUUUUUGUAUAGAGAAGAAUUUGCAAACUUUUUCUGUAAGGACCAGAUAGUAAAUAUGUUAGGUGUUGUGGCCUUAGGAUCUCUGUCAGAACUGCUCGACUCUGCUGUUUUAGUGCAGAAGCAUCCAGAGACAGUUUGUAAGCCAGGGUAUCUCGACCUUGGCACUGCUGAUAUUUUGGGCCGGAUGCUUUGUUAUGGGCAGCUCUGGUAGGUUUAGUAAUAUCUCUGGCCACAAGAUGCCAGUACUUGAUGCCAGUAGUCCCCACAUCCCUUGUGACAGCCAAAAAUGCCUCCAGACAUUUCUAGAUGUCCCCUGGGGUUCAAGAUUGUCCCUACUCGAGAAACACUGGCAUAAAUGAAUGGAUGUAGCUGUGUUCCAUUAAAUUUUAUUUAAAAAACAGGUGUCGGGUUGCACUUAACGCAAGGGCCGUAGUUUGCCUCUCCUGCUGUAGAGAAUGCAAAUGAUUAAUAAUGGCAAGAGACUCUUAUGUAAUGUCAAAUUAGUAUGUUUGUGCAUAUCUAUGCCAUAAGUCUCAUCUCCUUGUCAAUGCCUUUGGUAUUUUGUUGCAAGAAUUUUUUAAAAGUCGCAUUUGUAAUGCUGUUGAAGAAGCCUAGGAAUUAUUUAUGGCAAUGUUUAUGCAGACUUCAGUCCAUAAUGGUGCUUUUUUAAUUUAUCCAUAAGUACUUCUGGAUGUAUCUCUAAAAGAUAAGCACUCUUUAAAAACAACCUACACCUAAAAAUAUUGGGCCAUAAUUCCGUAGUACAUAGUGAUGCCUUUUGAAGAUAGCUAUACUGAGAUUGGUGGCUUGCAUUUUAAUUGUUUUUAACUUGCCCUUUGACAAGCAGAUUUGAAAAUGUGCUUUCUGUUGAUUGAGAGGGUGUUUUGAGAUAGCCCCCAGAACAAGACAUCUAGGGGCCCACCAAAGAGGACCAGGGAGCAGGUGACUGCAGGGGCCAUGUUGAGGCAGGGAAGUAUGAGGGAGAAAGUGGAGGAAUUGACUCAUAGUACUUCACUACACUUAAUAGAUACUGCAUCCGUCCCAACAUAAUUGGAGGUAGGUCAGUCUCAACUUCUUACUCUUAUGUGGCAGAACAAUUCAGUUGACUGAACAUUGUCAGUAUAAACUAUCAAAAGUAAAGCUGUAAAUCCAGAAUUUAUAAUAUAUGCCAUUAUUUCUAGAUUUUUUUCCCAUUACUACAUUUACUUUUUUUUUUUUUUUACUGGCCUCUAACUCUUAAGUCCUUGUGUGACUUUGAUGGGUCAAAGGACAGAGGGGAUACACACUGUUCCUUCUGUAUGUUCUACCAUGUUUCUAUGGUUUUAGAUUUCCCAAGAAUUUGGGUUUCUCUGAUUGCUUCUUUAAGUGGAAGUCCUGACUAUCACUUUUCUUUACAGUCCCUGCCUCAAUGACCUCAUAUAGUCUUAUGGCUUAAAAUACCAUCUCUAUUUAACUGCCAAAUUCACAUGUCCACCCAGACCUCCCUCCUGAACCCCAGUCUUCUUCCUGCCAUCGGCCUUUGCACUAGCUGUUCUUCAGAUAUCCUGCAGCCUCACCUUCUCAUCUUUGCUCAGCUGUUGCCUUUUCACUGAAGCCUAUCCUGAUCAUGCUACUUAAUACCGCACCCUGUCCCUUAUGCCCUACUCCAACAUUCCCAAGCCCCCUUAACUUGCCCUAUUGUUUCUUAUUCCAUCACGCAUCGCCUAACAUUCUAGAUACUUUACAGACCUCUUAUGCUUAUUGUUUACUGUUGUCUUCCCUUGCUGGUAUGUAAGCUUCAUGAGGGCAGGGAUCUGUUUUGUUCACUGAUGGAUCACAAGUGCCUAGAAAAGUGCCUGGCACACAGUAGGGACUCAAUAAAUAUUUGUUGGGUUGUUUUGAUUUGAACUGAGUUGAAUUAUGUAUCCAUGAUGACGAUAGAGAAAGGCGAUCUCUAUACUUGCAUACCUAGAUUGUGUAGGUGAGGAAAUCUUUUUUUUUUUUUUCUUCGCAAAUAGAUCAGAAUUGAUAGGCCUGUAAGAACUGCAAGUCAUAAAUGACACACUUUUAAGAUCGAAGAGUAUUUUUAAAUUAAUUUGCUAAAAAUGCAGCUAAAUAUGGCUGAUUAACCACAUGAGUUUAUCUUUGUCUUGUAAAUGUGAGUUUAUAAAAAAUUGGGGGAAGGGGUUGGCCCAGAGUUCACACAUUCUGCUUUGGCGGCCCAGGAUUCACGGGUUUGAAUCCCGGGUGU